AUGAAUCAAAAAUUAUUAUGUCCUUCCCAUAAUGAGUUGAUUCAAAUCGUUUGUUUUAAUGAAAAAUGUUAAUCAUUUCGAUUUGGUUGCUAUGAAUGUUUAAAAAAGGAACAUCAUCUUAGUCAUACUAGAGAUUUGAAAACAAUAUAGGAAUUUUAUGAAUAUAAAUAACUAAAGCAAAAAGAAUACCUAGAUUUUUCUUUAACAUUUGAAAAUUAUUUUGAUAAGACAAUGAAUCUAUUUAAUUAAAUAAGAAAUAAACUCUCCUUUUUUUAAAAAAGUAAAAUUGAUACUUUGGAUUAAAUGAAUGAUGUUUUGAGUUUGUUUUUACAAAAUUAAAAAAAUUAAGAUAAAUUUUCCUCAAUAAUGAUGGAUAUUUAGAAAAAGUUGAUAUCUGUAUUGUAGAAUUUCAACGAAAAUCUUAUUGAGUCAUAGAUUGAUUCAAGCUAAUAACAUCCAAUUAAAAAGGAAACAAAAUAUUAGGUAAUAUAAAAUAUAAGAGAAAGUCUUAUUUACUCAUUUUCAUUCAAUCACAACUCUUCUAUGUUUGCUGCUGGUUAUUCAACAGGUUAAAUUGCUGUAUUUGAAUUGGAAGUAGAAUAAAUUAGAAAAUAGUAAUAAAUGUUAAAUGGUCACAAAGGAUCAGUUUAUUCCUUAGAGUUUUUUAAUUAUAAAGACUGCUUCCUCUCAGGAGGUCAAGAUAGGAUGAUUCUUAUAUGGUCUUUUUAAAAUAAAAUCUGGAUAUGUUAAUAAAAAAUAGAUGCACAUUCUGAUUGGAUCAGUCAUAUUAUUAUUAAUAAGAAUAAUAAUCUAAUUAUUUCUAGUAGUGGAGAUAAAACUAUCUAGUUUUGGAAUAAAGAUGAAUAAUGGAAGUGUUGUUAAACUAUAACUGCUCAUUUAAGCACUGUUUGUAGUUUAAGUUUAAAUGAGACUGAAGAUUAAUUGAUAUCAUGUUCAUGUGAUAGUACAAUUAAAAUAUUUGAAUUUAAAAACUCAAAUUGGAUAAUACUUUAAACAAUUAAUGUAGAAAAAUUAGGGUUUAGAUUGUGUUUUAUUAAUAAUUUUACUUUUGUUUUUUAAUCUGAAAAUUCAUUAGAUUUAAGUGUCUAUAAAUUCAAUUAAUAAGCUGGUUAAUAUCAUCUUACAAAAAAUGUUUAAGUAUAAAAUGGUGAAAAUUGCAGUAAUUUAUUCCCAUAGAAAUUUAUAAAAUCAAAAAAUAUUAUUCUAAAUAAAAAUGGAUCAAAAGUUAAUCUAAUUAAAAUAUCACCUGAUGAAGAAUUUUAACUAAUAGAUGUUAUUGAUUUUAGUACAAGAAAGAUAUUUGGUAAUAUGUCAAAUGAUGGUCAAUACUUAUGCACAUGGGAUUGGAUUUCAAAAUAGAUAUAAAUAAGACAAUGCAUUUAAUGA